AUGUUUGGGAAAGUCCAGGGUCUGGGAUGUUGUUGGGAAGGGGGUGUCUCCUUGCCUAAGAGUGCCAUUUCCAGCACUGCAAAAGCUGCUUCUUCCCUUGUGAAAGCUUCUAUAUCUGUCACCAAUGCUAAAAAUUGUGAGGUACGAAAACCUGAGCGACUUCAAAAAACUCCUGCUAGUCCUUUGAAAACAGAGGUAUGGAAAACAAUCGGGAAAUCAGCCGAAUCCCAGACAGUUCAGCCCAAAGAAGAAGUAAAUAGAGAAACUUGUCUGCAGUCUCACUCUAAAGACAAAUCUACAACACCAGGAGCAGGAGUCAAGCCGUUUCUGGAGCACUUCGGAGAGUGCUGUCUAGAACACAGCAAAGACAGCCCCACGCAGAGCAUGUCCCACAGGACCCCCGUGGUCACUCCAAACACCAAGGCCAUCCAGGAAAGACUGUUAAAGCAAAACACAUCUUCAUCUAUGACCCAUGUAGCGCAGCAGCUCACAGAACGUGAAAAAGAACUAGCAUGUCUUCGUGGCCGAUUUGACAAGGGCAAUUUAUGGAGUAAAGAAAAAGGCAAAAACUCAAGAAACAAACAACUAGAAACCAAACAGGAAAUUCACUCUCAGAACACUCCCCUCAGAAAACAUCAAGUUGUUUCAAAUAUCCUGUCAUGUCCAGAAACAGAAAAGGAAAAGGUGGCAGGAAAGCCCCCCAGCCCAGAGCCUGCAGGUUUCACUGAAUGUGAAAUGACGAAGUCUAGCCCUUUGAAAAUAACAUUGUUUUUAGAAGAGGGAAAGUCUUUAAAAGUAACAUCAGACCCAAAGGUUGAGCAGCAGACCACAGUGGUAUGUGAAACUGAGAUGAGCAUGGAUGACAUCAAUAGUUCAAAAGUGACUAAUGACAUCUUCAGUGAUGUCCUGCAGGAAGGCGAGCUGGAUGUGGCCAGGAGCCCAGAGCAGAUGGGCCAGGCAGGAGCCUAGAGCAGGGAGGACCAGGAGGAUGCCCUGAAUAUCUCCUCAAUGUCGCUGCUUGCUCAGCUGGCACACAGUUGGCUUGUAAGUCCAGAGAGUUUUGCUUCCUCUCCUAGAUUGGAACUGAAGGGCAGUAGCAUACAUGAGAGUCCCAGAUCAGGAAAGUUCCAGUGAACCUGUGUCCCGCGGGCCGAGUCUGGUGAUAGCAUUGGUUCUGAGGACCGUGAGGACUGUGACCUUCUUUACAGCACUGAUGCGUACAGAUCUCAGAAAAUCAAAGAAACAGACUGUCCUUCAAUUAAGCAGAUUGCUCGGAGUGCUACUUCAAAAUUAGAAGGAAAAAAGAAUGCUGAAGAAAAGAGUGUCUUUUCUUGUCAGGUGAACAUCAAGCAGAAAAUGCAGGAACUCAACAAUGAAAUCAACCUGCAGCAGUCGGUGACCUACCAAGCCAGCCAGGCCCUGAACUGCUGUGUGGACGAGGAGCACGGGAAGGGGUCCCUGGAAGAAGCCGAGGCAGAAAGACUGCUUCUGAUCACAACUGAGAAGAGAACACUUUUGAUGGAUGAUCUGAAUAAACUGAAGAGUGAAGGACCUCAGAGGAAGAAUAAGACUGGUCUCCUCUCCCAAAGUGAAUUUGUCCCGUCCAAAGAGUCAGUCACUUUGUCAAAAAUCCGUUUGCCUCUCAAGGCAGAUUUUGCCUGCAGCACAGUUCAGAAACCAGAUGCAGCAAGUUACUCCUUCCUCUUCAUACUGAAGGCAGGAGCCAAGAGCAUAGUGGCCACCCCGCUGGCAAGCACGGCCACUUCUCUGAAUGGUGAUGCCCUGAUGUUCUCCACCACGUACACUCUGAAAGAUGUGUCCAAUGACUUUGAAAUCAGUAUUGAAGUUUACAGCUUGGUGCAAAAGAAAGAUCCCUCAGUGCCAGAUAAGAAGAAAAAGGCAUACAAAUCCAAGGCUAUCACUCCAAAGCAAUUUCUCACAUCUAUAACUACAAAAAGCACCCUUCAUUCUUCAGUGAUGGCCAGCCUGGGCAGUCUCCAUGCUGUGUGCACCAGAAACUUUAUCCUUGUUGGAUCUUACACGCUGUCCUUGUCUUCAGUUGGAAACACUAAGUUUGCUGUGGACAAGAUAAAUUAUGAUGUAAAAGAGCGAGAGCUACUGGGAUAUUUGUUCCAGGAAAAGGUGCCCUUUUUAUCUCUUUUGGAAGGUCAUAUUCGUUUAAAAAUAAAAUGUCCAUUGAAUUCAAGUGUUGAAGAAAAAGGUUUUCUAACCAUAUUUGAAGAUGUGAGUGGGUUUGGUACCUGGCAUCAAAAAUGGUAUAUUCUGUCUGGAAACUGUAUCUCUUACUGGACGUACCCCGAUGAUAAGAAACGGAAGAAUCCCAUAGGAAGGAUAAAUCUGGCCAAUUGUACCAGUCAUCAGAUAGAACCAGCCAACAGAGAAUUUUGCACAAGAUGCAACACUUUUGAAUUAAUUACUGUCCGACCACAAAGAGAAGAUGACCGAUAGAUGCUUGUCAGCCAGUGCAGGGACACCUGUGUCACCAAGCACUGGCUGUCUGCAGACAUCAAGGAAGAGCGGGACCUCUGGAUGCAGAAGCUCAAUCAAGUCCUUGUGGACAUUUGCCUCUGGCAGCCUGACGCUUGCUACAAGCCUUUCGGGAAGCCCUGA